GGCGCACAUCAGCGUCCGGGGCAGACAGCAGCAGGCGAAGCGGAAGGAACCGCCGCUGCGGGCAGCGAGGGACAAGCGAAUAGCGGGGUCCCUGUGAACUGGGCACCGCGAACCAGAUAUUGCCUCAUCUUAAAAGCUACAAGAGCUAGAAAACUACUGUUAUUAAAAUGUCAGCUCUCAGCAGUGAUUGCCCACACUUGGAAUCGGUUGGCGAAAUAACAAAGGAAGAAUUGAUACAGAAAUCUCAUGGCACUUGUCAGGACUGCAAAGUUAGAGGACCAAACCUUUGGGCAUGCUUAGAGAAUAGAUGUUCGUAUGUUGGCUGCGGUGAAUCCCAUGUGGAUCACAGUACCAUACAUUCUCAGGACACAAAGCACUGUUUAACUGUCAACCUUACCACCCUGCGUGUCUGGUGUUAUACAUGUAGCAAAGAGGUAUUUUUGGAUAGAAAAUUGGGAUCUCAUUCUCCAUUACCAAAUGCCAGACUGUCUCACCAAACACAAGGAAAUAGUGUACAGGAUUUUAAAAUACCUGGUAAUCCAACACUGAAGAUUCCUCUAGUUACUGUAUUUGAUGCUUUAGAUAUAGAGGUGGAAGAAGAUGAACUGAAGACAAGAGGUCUUACAGGAUUGAAAAAUAUUGGAAACACUUGUUACAUGAAUGCAGCUUUACAAGCUCUUUCCAAUUGCCCACCCUUGACACAUUUUUUUCUUGACUGCGGGGGCUUAGCACGAACAGAUAAGAAACCAGCGAUAUGUAAAAGUUAUCUCAAGCUGAUGACAGAACUUUGGCACAAAAGCAGACCCGGUUCCGUUGUUCCUACAAAUUUGUUUCAAGGAAUUAAAACAAUUAAUCCAACGUUUCGAGGCUACUCCCAACAGGAUGCACAAGAAUUCCUGCGUUGUUUAAUGGAUCUGCUUCAUGAAGAGCUAAAGGAACCUGUCAUGGAAAUAGAAGAUACCCAUUCUACAAGUAUAGAAGAGAGUAUGGAAGAAGACCAGAACCAGUCAGAUGUAGAUUUCCAGUCCUGUGAAUCUUGUGGUAGCAGUGAUAAGGCAGAAAAUGAGGCUGGUUCCAGACCAUUCUCAGAGGACCAUGCAGAGGCUACUAUGUUAAUUCAAGAUGUUGAAAACCACUCCCUCAUAACUAAAGAUUGGCAGAAAGAAAAAACACCGUGUAAUAAGUUUAACCGAGCAAGUUCUAUGGAGGAUUUAAAAAAAGACAAAAACACUGCUUCAGAAACUGCUGAAUUUUUACAUAAUCCGGGAACAGUCAAAGUGCAAAUACACAGCAGAAUUUCAGACUAUAUCAGUGAUGUCCACAUGACUGAUCUGUCAGGACCGCAAAGCCCUCCCUCAAACGAAGGAGUGAAUACACGUUUAUCAACCUCUCCUCCAAAAUCAGGCUCAUUAUGGUCUGGAUUGGCACCUGCACACAAAAAAGUUCCAACUGUAUCUUCUCCAAAAAAGAAGAAACACAAGAAAUACAGGAGUGUCAUAUCUGACAUAUUUGAUGGGACCAUCAUAAGCUCAGUGCAGUGCCUGACUUGUGAUAGGGUAUCUGUUACCCUGGAGACUUUUCAGGAUCUGUCAUUGCCUAUUCCAGGUAAGGAAGACCUUGCCAAACUGCAUUCUGCAAGUCAUCAGACUUCUCUAGUCAAGGCAGGGUCGUGUGGUGAAGCAUAUGCUCCCCAGGGGUGGAUAGCAUUUUUUGUGGAGUACUUUAAAAGGUUUGUUGUCUCAUGUGUUCCUAGCUGGUUUUGGGGUCCAAUAGUAACCUUACAAGAUUGUCUUGCUGCCUUUUUCGCCAGAGAUGAGCUCAAGGGUGAUAACAUGUACAGUUGUGAAAAGUGUAAAAAGUUAAGAAAUGGAGUGAAAUUCUGCAAAGUGCAAAACUUUCCUGAGAUAUUGUGCAUUCAUCUCAAAAGAUUCAGACAUGAGCUCAUGUUUUCCACAAAAAUUGGUACCCAUGUAUCCUUUCCCCUGGAAGGACUUGAUCUUCAACCUUUCGUUGCUAAGGACAGUCCAGCUCAGAUUGUGACAUAUGAUCUCUUGUCUGUCAUCUGCCACCAUGGAACUGCCAGCAGUGGACAUUAUAUAGCUUAUUGCCGAAACAAUUUAAAUAAUCUGUGGUAUGAAUUUGAUGAUCAGAGUGUCACAGAAGUACCAGAAUCCACUGUACAGAAUGCAGAAGCUUAUGUUCUCUUCUACAGGAAGAGCAACGAAGAAGUACGAAGAGAGAGACAGAGGGUAUCAAGUCUGUUGACUAUGAUGGAACCAAGUCUCCUGCAGUUCUAUAUUUCUCGACAGUGGCUGAAUAAAUUCAAGACAUUUGCUGAGCCAGGACCUAUUUCAAAUAAUGAUUUCCUCUGUAUGCAUGGAGGUGUUCUUCCACAUAAAGCUGGUUUUAUAGAGGACUUGGUUGUAAUGCUACCUCAGAACAUAUGGGAUACCCUAUAUAGCAGGUUUGGGGGAGGACCGGCUGUUAACCACCUGUAUGUUUGUCAUACCUGCCAAAUAGAGGCUGAGAAAACUGAAAAAAGAAGGAAGACUGAAUUGGAAAUGUUUAUUCGGCUCAACAGAGCAUUCCAAGAAGAAGAAUCUCCAUCCAUUUUUUACUGCAUCAGUAUGCAGUGGUUCAGAGAAUGGGAAGGAUUUGUGAAGGGGAAAGACAGUGAUCCUCCAGGCCCUAUUGAUAAUACGAAGAUUGCAGUCACUAAAUGUAGUAAUGUUAUAUUAAAACAAGGAGCAGAUUCUGGACAGAUUUCUGAAGAAACUUGGAAUUUUCUCCAGUCAAUCUAUGGGGGCGGGCCAGAGAUCAUGCUCCGACCACCUGUUGCUCCAGUAGAACUUGAUGUGCUUCAAACAGAGGAGAAGAUUGAAUUAGAAACUCGUAGUCUGUAG